AUGGGUCUCUUUAGAAGCGGCGACGACGAUAAGUCGAACGUUACCUGCCCUACGCAUUCUUUCGCCCAAGAUGCCGAGAAGAAUAUCACUGGUAGCUUGACUUUUUACCAGCUGAGCAUGAUCAUCGGCGGAUCCUUUGCUGCUUUCGCUCUGAUUGUCAUGUUCUUCAUUAACAUGAUGCACGCAACGCAUCUUUCAAACCCCUCAGAACAAGUCAAGAUCAUGCGAAUCGGCACACUCAUUUCGGCGUUCUCCAUCAUCUCGUUCAUCUGUAUCUGCGCUCCCGAUGCAGCAGUCUACAUCGAACCCUGGCUUCACGUCUACGAGGGUUUCGCGCUCGGAUCUUUCUUCCUUCUUCUCUGCGACUACGUAUCACCAAACCGCGACCAACAAGAUGUGUUUUUCGCUACAAAGAAGAAGAAUGGUAUCAAGUGGUUCAAGACACGGUGGAUUAUGAUCUUUCAGAUGCCUGUCAUUGCAAUCGGUGUCUCAAUCGCUACCGAUAUCACACAAGCCGCCGGUAUCUUCUGUCAGGAAAGCAAUGACCGACACUUCGCCAAUAUUUACCUCCGAAUCAUCAUGUCGAUCUCUCUCGUCGUUUCAGUCCUCUCCAUCCUACAGAUGCACAUGCUUCUCAAGAAGGACCUCGCCCACCAUAACCCGAUGCUGAAGCUCACUGCUUUCAAGAUCGUAGUCGGCUUGACCUUUAUCCAGGGUAUCAUCUUUACCGUUCUCAACGACCAAAACGUUCUCAAGACUAGCGACACGCUCACCUACGCUGAUGUUCAUGUUGGUAUCCCCAACCUCGUCAUCUGCAUCGAAAUGGCUCCCCUAUCGCUGUUCUUCAUGUUUGCCUACCCAUGGAGCGUUUACAAGUCUGGCCAUGGCCGGGGAAGCUUCUCCAAGUUGGAGCAGGGCAACAUUCCUGAGGGGUCAUAUCAGGGCGGUCCUCUGGGUAUCCAUGCUUGGUUGGCCAUGUUGAACCCCUCCGACUCCUUUAAGGCGAUAUUGUUCAUCUUCAAGAAGGACAACCGGAAUGGUUCUACAACCGAAGUCAACAUGACGGGUUAUCAGUCCAACGACCCUUUGGUGUCGCAUCCCUAUAACCCUCAGCACGACACGGCAGUCUGCCCUUGGUCGACAAAUUCUCUAGGCCUCAUGAAGCCCACUCAGUUUCUCAUCGCUCUUGCUGCCAUUGCAUAUGCGGCCCCCGCCGUAGAGCAGACAAUGGCCCCCCCGCUCGCUGAACUCGACACGCAUUUCCAACCGCAUAUCAAGCGCUGUGGCAAGAAGGGCCCACCUCCGUACUAUGGAGAACAUCCAUAUCCCAACCAAACUUAUAACCAGCUCACCGACGGGACGCCCUGCCGCAAUGUCACCGUGAUCUACGCGAGAGGAAUGGGGGGAAAGGGAAAUGUAGGAGAAGUAGAUGGUGUCGGUCCUAUCAUAUUCAACAGACUUGCCACGAUUAUUGGCGGCCCAGAGAAGCUGGCUGUUGCAGGUGUGAAGUACACGGCGAAUUUUAAGACAGUUAUACAGAAAGCCCCUAGAGAGGGCGGUCGGGCCAUGAGUGAGCUUAUCAACCGGGCCGCAACCCAAUGUCCCGAUACCAAGAUUGUCCUCCUCGGCCACAGCGUCGGCGGCGCGUUGGUGCAUCAAAGUGCUGAGAACAUAACUACUGAGGUGACGGCGCAUAUCGCUGCUGGUUAG